AGGAAACGAACCAGCUGGUGCAGAUUGACACUCCAAAGGAUAAAUGGAGUGUGAUCAAGCACACCAGGACCUACCCAACAGACGCUUUUGGCCUAAUCGAGUUCCAGGGAGGAGGAUUCAUCAACAAGGCCAUGUAUAUUCGAGUCACCUAUGACACCAAGCCUGACAACCUCCUGCACUUGAUGGUGAAGGACUGGCAGUUGGAGCUGCCCACCCUGCUCAUCUCCGUUCACGGAGGUCUCCAAAACUUCGACCUCCAGCCCAAACUCAAGCAAGUGUUUGGCAAAGGCCUGAUCAAAGCCGCCGUCACCACCGGGGCUUGGAUCUUCACGGGUGGAGUCAACACGGGAGUGAUCCGUCAUGUCGGAGAUGCCUUGAAAGAGCAUUCCUCCAAGUCUCGAGGGAAGGUGUGCGCAAUAGGAAUUGCUCCAUGGGGGAUCUUGGAAAACAAAGAGGAUCUUAUCGGAAAAGAUGUAACCAGACCCUAUCAGACGAUGGCGAACCCGCUGAGCAAGCUGGCUGUGCUCAACAACAGCCACUCCCACUUCAUCCUAACUGACAACGGCACCUGCGGGAAGUAUGGCUCUGAGGUCAAACUCCGCCGGCUGCUGGAGAAGCACAUCUCCCUGCAGAAGAUCAACACGCGUUUGGGUCAGGGGGUUCCUCUAGUGUGUCUGAUAGUGGAGGGAGGUCCUAACGUGAUCUCCAUUGCACUGGAGAGUCUGAGAGACGAGCCUCCCAUCCCCGUGGUGGUUUGUGACGGCAGCGGCCGAGCUUCUGACAUAAUUUCCUUUGCACACAAGUUCUCAGAGGACGGAGGCCUGGUUAAUGAUGAUGUCAGAGAGCAGCUUUUGGUGACUAUUCAGAAGACUUUCAAUUACAGCAAAAGCCAAUCGCAGCAGAUCCUGCUCAUGGUUAUGGAGUGCAUGAAGAAAAGGGAAUUGAUCACAGUUUUUCGGAUGGGUUCUGAGGGACAACAAGAUAUUGAAAUGGCCAUUCUUACUGCCUUGCUAAAAGGCACAAAUGCUUCAGCAGCUGACCAGCUCAGCUUGGCUCUGGCCUGGAACAGAGUGGAUAUUGCUCGCAAUCACAUCUUUGUUUACGGACACAACUUACCAGUGAACUCUCUGGAGCAGGCUAUGAUGGAUGCUCUGGUGCUGGACAGAGUGGACUUUGUCAAACUGCUCCUUGAGAAUGGUGUCAAUAUUCACCACUUCCUCACCAUUCCCAGACUGGAGGAGUUAUACAACACGAAACUUGGCCCUGCAAACACACUGAAUGCUGUGGUUAGAGACAUCAAAAAGGUAAACUGAUCUUAGUUUUUCUGAUUAUAUUUUAAGGGAAACCUUCCUCCGGAUUAUCAGAUCACUUUGAUUGAUAUUGGUCUGGUGCUGGAGUGCUUCAUGGGUGGAGCUUACAGAAGCAAUUACACCAGGAAGGCUUUCCGCAACCUCUACAACAAUUUGUAUGGACUUAAAAGGCCAAAGGCUCUGAAGCUUCUAGGAAUGGAGGAUGAUGAACCUAGGACGAAAGGCAAGAAAAGGGCAAAAAAGAAGAAAGAGGAAGAGGUGGAAAUUGAUGUGGAUGACCCUGAGGUCUGUCGAUUCAAGUUCCCCUUCCACGAGCUGAUGCUGUGGGCAGUGCUGAUGAAGCGACAGAAGAUGGCGCUGUUCCUGUGGCAGCGAGGAGAAGAAGCGAUGGCUAAAGCCCUGGUGGCCUGUAAACUGUAUAAAGCCAUGGCCCAUGAGUGCUCUGAGAGUGAACUGGUGGAUGACAUCUCCCAAGACCUGGAGAACAAUUCCAAAGAAUUUGGCCAGCUGGCCUAUGAGCUGUUGGACCAGUCCUACAAACAUGAUGAACAGGUGGCCAUGAAACUCUUAACAUAUGAGCUGGUUAACUGGAGUAACUCCACCUGUCUGAAGCUGGCUGUGGCUGCUAAGCAACGUGACUUUAUUGCCCACACCUGCAGCCAGAUGUUGCUCACUGACAUGUGGAUGGGCUGCCUACGGAUCGGCAAAAAUCCCGGCCUCAAGGUUAUUCUGGGGAUUGUCUUUCCUCCUCUGAUUCUACUGCUUGAUUUCCGUCUUGGAGAUGAUGCAUCCUAUCAUGUACCUGGAAGCAAAGAAGAGGGGAAAGACAAGGAUGACGACACAAAAUCCAGCAAGGACCCUAAUGCUGAUGCAACUUCCCGAAAGGGGGAUGAAGAGGAAGGUAGCACUAAUGUCCGCAAAAUCCCAAUUGGCAAAAGGUUCUUUGAGUUUUAUGAUGCGCCCUUCACCAAAUUCUGGUUCAACACAAUUUGCUAUCUGUGCUAUUUGAUGCUGUACAACUACAUAAUCCUGGUGAAAAUGGAGCGAUGGCCCUCUCUGCAAGAGUGGACUGUCAUUGCAUACAUCCUCACACUUGGCUCUGAAAAAAUCAGACAGAUUCUGAUGUCAGAGCCGGGGAAGCUGAAACAGAAGAUAAGUGUGUGGCUGGAGGAGUACUGGAACAUCACAGACCUGGCUGCCAUUUCUACCUUCCUUCUUGGGCUAAUGCUGCGGCUGCAGAAUGAACCUUAUAUGGGCUAUGGCAGAGUCAUCUACUGUAUUGACAUCAUCUUCUGGUACAUUCGCAUAUUGGACAUCUUUGGAGUCAACAAGUAUCUGGGGCCCUAUGUGAUGAUGAUAGGGAAGAUGAUGAUAGAUAUGAUGUACUUUGUGGUGAUCAUGCUGGUGGUGCUUAUGAGCUUCGGGGUGGCUCGGCAAGCCAUCCUUCACCCUGAUGAGGAGCCAACAUGGCGCCUGGCCAGAAACAUUUUCUACAUGCCCUAUUGGAUGAUCUAUGGAGAGGUUUUUGCGGACUCGAUAGACCCUCCAUGUGGUGAACAUUUAUAUGACGAGGAUGGGAAGAAACUGCCUCCAUGUAUCCCUGGUGCCUGGCUUACACCUGCUAUCAUGGCCUGUUACCUACUCGUGGCAAACAUUCUUCUGGUCAACUUGCUCAUUGCAGUGUUCAACAACACUUUCUUUGAGGUCAAGUCCAUUUCCAACCAGGUGUGGAAGUUCCAGAGAUACCAGCUGAUCAUGACGUUCCAUGACCGUCCCAUCCUGCCACCGCCUCUAAUCAUUUUCAGCCACCUCUACAUCCUCUUCAACAGGCUGUUCCGGCGAUGUGCCAGGAAGAAACAAGAGGGAGAGCUGGAUGAGAAGGAUCGCGGACUCAAGCUUAGGCUGAAUCCAGAGGAGCUGAAAAGUCUGUACGAGUUUGAAGAACAGUGUGUGGAGGAAUAUUUCCGUGAGAAGGAGGACGAGCAGCAGUCCUCCAGUGAUGAACGCAUCAAGGUUACCUCAGAAAGAGUUGAGAAUAUGUCCAUGCGUCUGGAGGAGGUAAAUGAGAGGGAGAACACUAUGAAGGCCUCCCUGCAGACGGUGGAUCUGCGCCUGGCCCAACUGGAGGAGAUCCACGGAAGAAUGGCAGUCGCCCUGGAAAAGCUUGCAGGGGUGGACAGACUGGAGCUGACUAGAACCUAUUCACGAAACUCCUCUGUGUGUGACCCCUCCUCCCUACUUCGCCAGGGCAGUAUUAACAGUGCUGAUGGUUACAGUCUUUACCGCUUCCACAUGGACAUGGAGGAGUUUGCAGCGAAGCCGAAGGAUACUGAUGAGAUAAUUAAAACUGGUGUAGAAAGACCAAGGAGUCUGCAGAAAGCCUCCAGUAUUUGUACUCUCAACACAAGGGAAGGAGGUCAGACCUUUGAGGUUGGUGGUUUGGAGAGAUCGCAACCACCAAGUUCAGGCGUGGACAUUCUUAUAUCUCCAUGUGAACAAAAGCCUGCUUCUGCUGAAUCAAGUAAUGAGACCAUAGCUAACAUAAAACAAGGAAGCACAAUGCUGCUACAUAGACUAACAGAUAAGGAUAGACUAAAGCCUUCUUCCCCUCCAAAAAGGGCCAAAUCCUUGAGAUACUAUCCAGCCGAAGACCAACCCACCUCUCCUUUGACAAAGAGAAGGGCCAUGAGCACCAUCGUUAUCAGCCCGCCUGAUGAACCAGAGGAAGGAGCUGAACCCACACAGAAGGGCCUGCUGCCACAAAGAACCUCCUCUUCCCCAAAGAGGACUAAAUCUUUGCGAUAUCUUCCUACUGAAAGCCAGACUUCCCAUGUCACAAGGGAGAGAGCUAUGAGCAGCAUCAUCUACAAACCUGCCGAGGCAGAUGAUGACGUGGCGCAAACUGCAGACUACAGAUCAGUGGUGGAGCAGGCUACUAAAACACCAAAUCAGUGGCCAGCAAACUUGGAGUACCAGGUGCACCCCAGCACUACUGGCCACAUGCCUAAAGUCUCAACAGUCAGAAUGCUUGCCCAGCAGAUUCAAAGUAGCAUUGCACCUGCAGAAUGUGAAAAGGAGGACGAUCAGACUGACCAUAUUCCUUUAGAAAGUAAGGGAGCUCUUCCAGUAACAGAGCCAAUGGGAGACCAAACAAAGACGAAGGCCAAGAGAAACCUCUCUGACACUACUGAGUAUCUGAGUGUAGCUGAUGAAAAGUAUUUGCCGUCCCACAGGUCACACAGUUGGAAUGAAAGCGAAAGGAAAGCAAAGUGCUCGAUGGGUAGCAAGGAGCCGAGAACCUCUAGCAGUGAGAGAGACCUUGUUGAAGCCUGCAGGUUGGCAGAGGAGGGUGUGGGAAAGAAGAUGGCGGCUAAGAAGAGACAAGAUCCACAGGAAAAGAAAUAAAAGCCACAGAGAGAGGGGACCGAUGAAAGCAUCCACAGAGAACAAGAAAACAGAAUGAAAAAAAUAUAUAUUUAGAAGCGGAACUGAAUGCUACCAGUCAGUCAGAGAACUAUGAACUUUGAGGUAGCCUGCCACUGA